AUGUUUGUCAAAAUGCUUUGUGAGAGCCUGCAUAAGGAAAUAGAUGAUUUUCCACUGUACUCAGGAAGUUUUGCAGAAAAUUUUGUUUGCAACCCUGAGUCAGAACUUUGCAUGCUUGGCAAAUGUAAAAAGUGUGCAAAAUGCCCCAGCUUGUUGCAAAAAAUAAGGUCAAGUUCAGGAAACCUUGAUGAGCAUGCAACAUGGUAUCAGUGGGAGCAUGUGGAACAAAUGGUGCAGGCAAAGAAAGGAAAAAGCAUGAAAAGGGUAACGAAAAUUCAGAAAGUUCUGAAAGAGGGUACUGUUGAUGAUUUACUGGAAGAUCUAGAAGUUCAGCUGCCAUCAUUCUUAGAACAUGUGUUUGUAAAGCGACAACAGGCAAGAAUUUUCAAAGAGAAGAUAGAACAUCUGACAGAGGAAGAGGCAGUGGUGCAAGUUGAUUUUGCUGAAAAUUUCAGCUGCAAGUACCAGGGAGAAGUUCAGUCAGCACACUGGAGCCAAGACCUAGUUACCCAGUUCACUGUUGCAAUCUGGACAAAGUCUGGAGACAAAAACAGCUGUUGUGAAUCUCACGUCAUUGUUUCAGAUGAUUUGAAGCAUGACAAAACAUCUGUUGCCGUGUUCAUGUGCAAAGUUGUCAACGACCUUGUGAAGGUGAGACACCCAGACAUAACUUGAGUUUGGAUAUUUUCAGAUGGACCAAGCACGUAGUUCAAGAAAAGGUACAGUGCCCAUUUUCUCCAUUUACUUCAAGGUCAAGGUCUUAACAUCCAGUGGAACUACUUUGCCACAUCACAUGGGAAAGGGGCUGUUUAUGGUAUCGGGGGAACUGUGAAGCGCAUGGUUUGGAAUGCUGUAUCCACAAGAAAGGUGGAAGCAGUCAAAGAUGCUUGCUCUCUUGCAAGUGUUGCAAAUACUAAGUUGAGCACACCUGUUGCGGUGACCUUUGUUGGAUCUAAAGAAUUAGAAGCUACUGCAGACUUACUUGGAUUAAAGAAAUUCUUCUCUGUUGAACCAGUAAUCCCAGGUAUUGCCAAAUUUCACAGCUUAGAACCACUCAGGAAUGGUCUUAUUCGUUGCCGUACUUUCUCUUACCAGAGUACCUGGAUUGAAAUGGGUGUCCAGUUGUCUGGUUCAGAAAAUGAAGACCUGGAUCAAAAUGAUAGUGAUGAUCAAGACUCUUCCUCUCUAAGCAAGGGAAGCAACAGUACCAGCAGUGCUGAUGAAGACGAGACCAGUGGAGAGAAAGGAGACUUUUUCAGCAGUGCUUCAAGAAACAGCCAUCACACGUACAAAGAAGUUUCAAGUGAGAGCAGUAAGGAAGACAGUAAAAAUCAUGAUGAAGAGGGUGACUCGAGUGAAGAAGAAGGUGUGACAAGAAACAAAGGUUCAGGUGGUCCAGAUGCGAAAGAAAGAGCCAGCAAUGCAAAUAAAAGUUCAAGUGACGAGGAAGAGAUGUCAGAGAAGAAAGAUAUCCAAGUUCAGCAGGGCCUUCCUGACAAGCUACUAUCACCGAUAUAUUCAAAGGAUGUGCUUUGUUCAGCCUUCCACAUCAUUUAG